AUGGAAGUGAGUCUACGUAAUGGCAUAGUCUUAGACUUAGAGAAAGAUAGGGCUCAAGAAAGCAGACCAGUUGAGACACUUGUUCUAGUGCCCAUUGAACUAGAUGAUUCAAUAAGACUGACUGAGGUGACAGUGCAGCCUGCCCGGGAAGAAACCAACACACAGAUUGAGGCUGAGAAAGAAGGUGAGAUGACCCAGGAACCAGUAGUAGAGGUAAAUAUUCCUUUGAUUAAUGCUUUAAAAGAGAUGCCUGGUUAUGCAAAAAUGAUGAAGGACUUGAUGUCCCGAAUAUUCGACUUCCAAGACUUGGCCACAGUAAUUCUAACUCAAACUUACAGUGUUGUUGUAACUAGACCAGUUGCUAAAACGUUGUCUGAUCUAGGGAGUUUCACAAUUCCCUGCACCAUAGGGGACUUUGCCUUUACCAAGGCACUCUGUGAUUUGGGGGGCAACAUUAAUAUUAUUCCCCUGGCUAUCUAUAAGAGAGUAGAUGAAGAAAUUCUCAUAAUUUUAGGAAGUGCAUUCUUGGCCACGAGGCGAGCUCUCAUUGAUUGUGAAACUGGAGAGCUCAAGAUGAGGUUGAAUGAUAAGGAGAUAACAUUCAACGUGCACAAAUCUAUGAGGCGACCAAAGGAUGAUGAGACCCUGAUUAUUGAGGAUCCUCUAGCUACAUUUCUCAUGAAUUUAGAUGAGGUGAAUGGGGAAGAAUUGGCGGAGUGGGUGCUGGCUCUUGAGGGCAAAGGCUAUUGGAAGAGAUCAAUUGAAUUUGAGCCCCUACAUUUAGAAAAAAGAGAAACUCCUCCAACCAAGCCAUCCAUACAAGAACCACCAAAGCUAGAGUUGAAGCCACUUCCCGCCCAUCUCAGGGUAACAUUCGAGGAGUUGAAGAUGAGGCUAGUCAUAGCACCCAUCAUUGUUUCCCCCAACUGGGAGAAACCAUUUGAACUCAUAUGUGACGCCAGUGACUAUGUAGUGGGAGCAGGGUUUUUGAAGAAGAAUAUAUUCACCCAUUUCGAGAUCCCGAUAGCCAUUAUCAGUGAUGGAGGCAUUCACUUCUACAAUCGAGCCUUCGAGAAAUUGCUAGCAAAGUAUGAUGUGCACCACAAGGUGGCAACCCCAUGCCAUCCACAGAUCAGUGGUCAGGUUGAAGUGUCUAAUGGAGAGAUAAAGAGUGUGUUGACCAAAACUGUGAAUGCCACAAAAACUGAUUGGGCGAAAAAAUUAGAUGACACACUUUGGGCCUAUAGAACAGCUUUCAAAACACCAAUUUGUAUGUCACCAUACAAGUUGGUGUUCCGGAUAGCUUAUUACUUGCCAGUGGAGCUAGAACAUAGAUCUUGGUGGGAAUUGAAAUAG